AACGUUACGCGUGAAUUGUGAUACAAGUUUAAAGAAAGCUACUUCUUAAUCCUUUAAAAAACUAAAUUAGUAUUCUUUUUUGACGAUAUGGCUGAAUCUCUUUUUGAUAUUUUCGGAGAUCAUCUAUCAAGACAAGCCGUGAAAAAUGUUUCACGGCAGCCGUUAUCUAACAUUGAAAAUAUGGGGAAAAUGGUGUCGUCUGGACCAAUUAAGCCAAAUGAGCCAUUGAGAAAAGGCGAAAACAAGAAAUCGUUUCUUUCAAAUACCGGUAAAGCGUUGCAGAGCACACCUUUGCGGAAGGUUUUUACUCCACGAACAAUAAAUGUUGGUUCACUUAUAUACAACGACGCAGACACAAACAUUAAUGACAAAGGCUUCAGUUUUGCUGAGCUGGAAUUUACUAAGCCUUCAUACAAAUAUGAUAAUUAUCACAGGGAUCUUUUGGACUUUCUCCCUGUACCCGAGCCAGAAAUAAUGAAGCAAGUUUCUCCCCCAAACACACCUCCUCCGUCAAUCAAAAACCACAGCUUGGAAUUUGAUUAUUCUUACCAGGAUGAAUUUUUUACAGAUGAUUUCUCAACUGAAAGCAUUCCAGACGACGAUCUUGGUCUUCCUGAUAUUUAUUAAAUAUAGUGGUAUAAUUAUUGUGUUAGUUUAUUACGAUAUUUAUAAAAAACAAAGUGCUAUUAAUAUUUCACUAAUUUAAUUCCUUAAUAUAUAACAAUGUUUUAUAUUUACAUUUGGUUUAAAUAUAACUUAAAUAUAUGAUAACAUUUUCGUA